AUGACCUCCAAAAAGCGAGUGACUUUCGCAUCCAUGUGGGCGUUUGAGGAUAUUGGGGUGCAAGAUAUUGACAAUGAAAUCAAGCAAGCAUUUCCUCACCUGGACUGCUACACCGAAUAUCUCAAGCCGGACGAGGUUCUCGUGGUGAAGGGAAAUCUUGACGACUCUUCAAUAAAGAUCGCAGCUGUUGUCUCGAACUUUAUCGAGGACCAGACUAACAAGGAUCUCCUUGAUAUGCCGCGCACCCGCCAGCUAGAUAUGCCAAUUGUACUACAGGACGACGGAGCCUCUGCUGCCGAGGAGGACAAGCCGGAGGAUCUAUUAGGCCUUGACAACGACUCAGAUGAAGAGCUGAUACCUCAUUCUUAUGUCAAGUCUCGAGUUACCAAGCUUUGGCUAUCACCAGAUGGGGGUAUUGGCUGUUUUUCUACUGGCUUUCGUGAAUUCCUCGUGGAAAUUGCGGCAGUGACAGGGACCAACAUUGCGAUUAUCGACGAUCUCAAAGGCAUCCAGGUAUCUGGAACUAGCGCUGGAGACGUCGAAGACGCUUUAGCAAAGCUUACUCGGAUUGAAAAGCCCUUGUCAUGCCUUGGUAACCCCAAAGUAGGCAACAUGGGCAUAGCCCCAGGAAAUAAUGCAACCCAAUAUCGUAUUCAGAAUUACAGCAGUUUGAACAAAGUGGCUCUUCGUCGUGUCUUGACGGACCCAACAAUGAAUUCACAUUUUGGUAUCAGUCAGGUGUUUGUCACUACAUGUCUUUCAUUUGAUGAAAAAUCCCAGAGCUACAAGCUACCCGAGGAUCUAAUCAACCCACGAUCGAUUAGCAACGGACCAGGGAAGUCCAAAAUUUGGCAUAGUUUUACUUUCCAGGAAGUGGGUAAAUGGCAUGAAAUUCUUCAAACGGAAUCAGUCCUCGAGAAUAACAAUACAAACAUUCUGGCUACAACCUUUUCUGUAGUCUCGCCCAUUCAUCCUUACUUGACUGCUGAAAAGGCUAAGCAGGUCAAUGAAUGGGUCGCCGAGGGGAAUGAGAUAGAAGCAAUCAAAGAACAGCCUGAGCGUCCAUCGACACCACCCCCUGACUCUUCGGAGGAUGCAACAUUGGUCCCGAAUACUAAGAGAGGUCCCGCUAUUAAGACAAGAAGGGCUAUUUCCCCCCAUUCCAAUCCAUCCAAUUUACUGAUGGCUCCAGUGACAAAGCCUGAUCGUGUCAAGACACCUGAUUUUGUAUUUAAAGAGGAUGCUGCCCCGACUCCUCGCAGACGCUGGAAAAUGACGUAUGGAACUGAAUUGGGGAACACAGAUACACGGACCAGUUUUCCUAGACCUUCUACCCCUUGUGAGCUACGUGAUGUCGCUGAUUCAUUUGUUAAUGCUUCCAUGCCCGCUGGUCCCAGGGUACAGCUUCCCCUAAUCUUCGAUGAAACGAAGUAUGGACUUAUAAAGCCCCCUUAUCUUCCAGACAGUAAUGGUCGAAAUGCCCCAAAGUCUCAGAAGAAAGGCGAUACCCUACCCCCGCCGAUAAGCCAAAAUCUUGAGGUGAGAAACUUGCUAGUGGACGUGACCGAACCAGCAGCCAUAGGCACGACUACUCUUCCAACCAUUCGUGCGGAUCAGCCAGCUUUGAUACCUCUAAGUUCAAGCUUUGCUGAGAUUCCAAAUCUGGAUGAUUCAACUCUUGGAAGUAGUGCACUCUCAAGUGUAGAUGACCUGGCUGGCUUGUUGUUCCAGGAGAAACGCGAAACGCAGAAUGAAUCUGAUUGUCCUGAUUUGAGUCAAGCCACAAAAACGGCCGGGGACAAGAGCCUUCUGGAACAAGUUCACAGACUCCGCAUAUUGGAGGAGGCUUUUCUUGAACGGACAAGGAAGACAACCUCAACCUUUGAAGCCCCUAUGUUCACUGCCAGUUUUCCCCCCUCCCAGCAUGAUAUAAACAUCAAGCUGACUAAAAGACGGCUUGAAGAGCUCGAAAGAGGGAAUAAAGCGGAAGACAAACAACCAACCGAUGAGGUAGCCACCAGGGAGUUUCACCACACAAUGAACCACAAGGCACCUAAGCCAAGUGGCAGAGCAGCGAUCAAGCCCUUAAACAAAGCUCAGAGACAAGCCACUCUGGAGGAUGCAUGGGGAAUACCAAAAAAAUCUCUAAAUAAAAAGACUGCCAUUGCCCCCGAAGGCCCAGCCCCCUCAUUUGAGACUAAAGUCACGUCUUCUCUACACACGGCACAAGACUAUGUGCAGCAGACCCAAAAAGCGAAAGGAGAGCUGAGCAUGAACGAGACUAUUGAACAGCUUUUCGAGACCCUCAAACCCACUUUGGAAGCUGCCGAAUAUUUUCCUGGAUCUUUGGCUCUGGAGUUCCAGAUUGGUCUCGCAUUGAUUCCAAUCUUACCCAAGACAUAUAGGGAGGGUUUAGUCUCUUUGAGCGAAUGGACACGGAUAAUGCAACCACAGACUGGUGUUUCUGCCCCAACAACCAAGUUCAUCGAUAGAGUCACAACAUCGGGACUCGACAUUGAUCAUAUUGUAGACUUGAAAACCUCCAAGAAGGAAGGGAACCGCCGUAUGUUUGAAAGUGAGGACAACGAGUAUAGUGUCUUCUACGAAUUCCAUUGCCGAUCCAAAGCAGAUCAACCCAUCAUUGUUGCUGUUGAUGAACAGGGGAAGUACUGCAUCAAGAAGCCAACUGAAGCCCUUGGCGCAGUCAAUAUCCACUUUCCAGGUAAUAUUUGGGAUGCUCGGGUGGUUGUGCGCGGCAAUACUGCGUAUCCCAUCCUCGACAACCAGGAAUUUGAAGAAGCGGCACAAUACAUGGUUGACCACCUCUGGGUCCCGCCCCGCAAAUCCCUCAUUCAACUUUUCACUCGACUCUCUAAAGAAAAGCAUCUGACUGUCGAAAAAGUUUUAAUGAAACGCUGGACCCGUCAUCGGUAUAUUCGUGCAGACGAUACUUUCAAAGACAUCAUCACCCCUGACACCUCGUCGUCGAGCGGAGGAAGAGCAGAUUUUUCUACUGACUCAGUGGGAUCUACGAGUGCAAAAGCCACGGAGAGUAUUACCUCCAGUGACCAUACUGAAUCGCAAGACAUUUGGUUGCAAGUCACGGAAGUACAGGAUCUGUACAUUGGGUCUAGCCUGUCGGACUCUCAAGCUCUGAGAGCCCGUUGUGCCUCAAUGAACGAGAUGAUACGAAGGGGAAGGCAAUGGUAUGAAGUGUCACUUGGUAGCUCUGCUAUCGAGGCUAUAUUGAAGACAAAUGCGAACAUCGAAGUUGGGGAGCGGACAGAGGAUUGGCGGGUUGUUGACCUAUUUGGAAAUGAUGCUCUCUUCCUGGGCAGUAAGGCUGACCGGGAUUCAAGCUCGUCACCUAGGUCAGUCGCAAGAGCCAUUGGCAACGCAGGUAUUGGGGAUCUGCUCCGUCUCACAAAAGCGGUAGUUCGGAAAAUGAACGGAGUUGGAUUUUGGAAUUGUGGUUCCUAUGUCGGGAUGCCAAGUGCCGGCUCAUUGAAUGCCUCGGGUAUUCCUCACAAAGUCGGUAUAUCUUCUGCGAUGAUCAAGGUGGAAGAAAAGAGCUUGGACUUUGACGAACUAGAGAGUAUCAAGGAAGUGGGAAGUGAUGGAGACACCCCGGCAGCCAAAAACUCCAAUUCUGCUUCGUCCGCACAGAACAAGGAACAGAUUGAGAAGGAAUACUGGUAA